CAUUUUUCGCAUGUUACUGUUAAGAUUUGGAAAGGAAACCCUAUUUUAAUUUUGUACUUUGCACUCUCACUCAUCUCAUUCUCAACUAACAAGUAACAAACGCUUUUAUUAAUUAAUACUCCAAAUUACUCAUUUUAUCCGUUUACUGAAUCAUAUUCCUUUAAUAGAAUUCUCAGCUGACUGAAACCAUAAACCCUAACGAGCAAGAAAGAGGGUAAGAUGAAUGAGAAUGGAAAAGCAGAAAAUGGUUCUUUCAACAAUCGGCCGGUGGCGCCAGAAGAAUCCGGUGAAGGCUCGCCAUAUGCGCCAGAGAACUGGCCACAGAAAGGGGACAACUGGGGAUGGAGGACGGGGAGGAGGAUCACGCCCGCCGGAUACUUUCAGGAUCGCUACCUGUACUUGCCGGAACGUCUCAACAACCAUUCAGGAUCCGCUCGCAAGCAGCACAUCUUCGCCAGCAAGCUUGCCGUUGAGCGAUACCUCAAAGCUAAUUUCCCCGAAGCUGAUCUCGGUGCCUUCUUCUCUUCCUUCACCUGGAGAAUCCCUGCCGUUCCUUAUCCUUCAACAAACGGCAAUAUGUUGCCUAUAGCUGCUGUGCCUCUUAAGCAGAUCCCAGCUGAACAGUCAGAUUCUGAUACUGAAGCUGUUAGAUGUAAGGCUGGGAAUAAGAAGUGUACUAGCCUAAUAUUGGAAGAAGCAGAAAAAUAUUUGCCAGCCAUGUCGUGCGAUAUUUGCUGUUCUGAGCCUGGUUUUUGCCGUGAUUGUUGCUGCAUUCUUUGUAGCAAAAUGGUUAGUUCGGCUUAUGGUGGAUAUAGUUUCAUCAAGUGCCAAGUAAAGAACGACGAGGGUGUCUGUGGUCAUGUUGCUCACAUGGAAUGUGCUCUUCGAGCACGCUUGGCUGGCACUGUUGGAAGAAGUAUUGGGUUAGAUUCAGAGUACCAUUGCCGAAGGUGUGACGUGAGGACUGAUCUAAUUUCUUAUGUUAAUAAGCUUCUCCAAACGUGUGACACUAUUGAUUCGGACGAUGAAAUUCGGAGAAAGAUUUUGAAUCUUGGUGCUUGUAUCUUACGUGGUUCACAAAAGGCCGAUGCAAAGGAGUUGCUAAGACAUAUUGAAUUAGCCAUCUCAAAGUUGCAUCAGCUCAAGUGUGGGACUAAUCGUGAAGAUACGUGGAUGCCUGAUGACUCUCUUACUGCUUAUUCUACCGGCUUAUCAGAUCAUGACGGUGAUGUAAUGGAAGCUACCGUUCAUGGAAGCCCAUCAAAUGUUAGAACAGGGGAGGAAUCCUAUGAUUGUCUAUCUCAGUCUUUAAAAUUUGAGGCGGAAGUUGAUCAAGUUCUCUAUGCUCUCAAAAAGUCUCAGGAGUUUGAGUACAAAUUAGCAGAAGAGAAACUCCAAUCACACAAGACUUAUUUACAAAAUUUAUAUCAGCAAUUAGACCUCGAAAAGUCUGAAUACGAAGGUAAGAAUUCAUCUAAUUCGUAUCUCUUGUCCCAUGCUAUCAGAAAAAGAAAGGAGCAAAUUGGAGAGGAAGUGGCUAAAUUUGAAGUUCUGAAGAAGAUAGCCAAUGGUUUUGGUAAGACAUCCAAAGAUAUUUUAAAGGAACACUUUGAUGUAGAAAUUACAGAUUAAACUUGUAAAUUUUCUAAUUUGAAUUUUUCUAUUAGUCUUUGUAUCAUUGAGCCACCAAUCUGGCCUUUUUCCGAGUAAAAUCAGGUGGCAUUUGGAUGCUUUGUUAGAUUAGAUCUGUAAUUCAAGUGAUGUUGAAAUAAAACGAUAUACUCUUUUCCUCCAUAAUGUAGCAAUAUCAUUUUCGGUUGAGAUUGUUGAAGCCUAA